CAGCACUUUACGAUUUAUCUGUGGCCUCAAACAGUCAAAGUCAAAGUCAAGCUGCCUUUUUUCUAGGAACACAUCAAGUAAUUAGUUAGUUGUGAGGGUACGUUAGCGAGCAGGCCGAGGCUGAAAUUCAUAAUCAAGCGUUUUAAAGUUACCGGCCGGGUGGUGCGACUCUCUGUGUUUGUAACCGGUGGACGGCAAGGCGGAACUCCUGAAUCUGUCGCCAUCGCCAGCUUGGUGCGACGGGACGUGGCGAGCAAACGAAUUCCGUCGUGUAAUUAUAGCAAAUACGAAUGCUAGCGACGGUGGUUCGAUAUUAUAGUUGAGAACCGUGAGUCUGAAGCCGGUAGAUCGGUAACUCGCUUUGCUGUUCAAGAGAAAUCUUCACACACACGCAGGGAGAAAGUUGCAGUGAUCGACGAAGCAGAAUCCAGGCCACCACAGAGCUACUCGCUGUGUUUCAACGUUGCAAGUGUCCGGUGAUUCACACCGCCUAGAUGUUGGCGGUCAUGUGAGGCUGAGGAGUGAGGUAUCAAUGUGUGCUAUGCUAGAGUCGUGGAUGAUUUGAAUGCAAAGCACACCGUCAGAGCAGCAAAGAAGAGAAGCGGCGUCGAGUGGGCACUACCUCAGUACCUGCUUUGCAGGCAGCGGUAUCUUCUAAGGUAUUGCGGUCUCACUGAAGGACGCAACGCACACCUGCGACCGGCUCUCAUCACACAUACACAUACACACACACACACACACACACACGCACACACACACACACGUUCUGGGCAGAAUGGCGUCGGCUCAAGAAACCGACAUCGAGGAGAUCCCUCUCCCCGAGCCGUCUUCCUAUAAGAACCCGUAUGCACGUUUAGAAGUGAUGCAGACGCAGAAGAUCCUCCGCUCAGUGAACCUGAACAACUACGAGGACGUUCGCAAGUCUGUGGAGUACGGUGUACCUAACUUGAUCAACACAAAAGCUUCAGACACAGGUCAUACGUGCAUGCAUAUAGCGGCUACUGCAGGUAACAUUGAGAUGUGUACGUUCUUGCUGAACGAGUGCGCUAGCUUACCGGACGAACCAGACCAUAGCGGCUGCACACCAAUGAUGUACGCGAUUCACAACGGCCAUCAGCACGUUGUCAGUAUGCUGCUGGAGCGAGGAGCUAGUGUUACAGCUCAGGAUAAAGAAGGCAAGACAGCCCUUUUCCAGGCAGUUUGUCCAACGCCAACCCACUGCCACAUGAUUGAAACUCUGGUGAAGAGUGGUGCGGAUUGCAAUGCCUUGGAUUCGAGUGGCAUGUCAGUAUUGUGCCAUGCAGCGUCUGAAGGCUAUGAAGAGGUGGUCAGCACACUUGUUGAGUGUGGAGCUGAUACGGACCUUGCUAGAAUGGAGGACUGCAAGACAGCGUUGAUGCUUGCCGUAGAGUCUGGUGUGGUGGAGGGUGUGCGACUCCUCUGUGCUGCCGGAGCUAAUGUGGAUCUGGCCGACACGAAGGGACAGACGGCCGUACACAAAGCUGCUGAGCUGGGCAACUUUGAGUGCUUACAAGUCCUGUCAGGUUGUGGUGCUGACAUGUCCGUACCGGACUGUGAAGGGAACACACCACUUCACUUAGCAGUGGAAGAUGGUGACCUUCUCAACGUCAAGUUCCUCAUACAACGAGGUUGUCCGCCUAAUGAAGAGAAUGCGGCUGGUAAGGUACCCAAGAAACUGGCGGAUGAGUACGGCCUGAAGACGAUAUCCAAGGAAAUCAAGAAAGCAACGUCGCAACUCACCAAGGUUCAGUCAGGAACGAAGCCAAAGAACUUCUCCGAGCUCUGGCAGAUUAGGUUGUUUGACUGGAUGCACGAGUACAAGGGCCGAAUGAUUGAUCUGUUUCACACGUUUGAUGUCAACCGUGAUGGGGAGCUGUCGCGAGAGGAAUUCUCGGAGGGACUCAAACGGCUCGGUAUGCCGGUAACUGAGGAUAAUGUCGAGGCAUUGAUGAAUCAACUGGAUAAAGACAAGAGUGGCCUCGUCGACUACAAAGAGUUUGCCGAGGGUAACAAGUAUGUCAACAAGCAAUAUCAACUGACGGCCAAGGACCGCGACGCCAAGGGUAAGAAGGGAAAGAAGAAGAAAGGCAAAAAGAAGGGCGGCAAGAAGAAGAAAGGUGCAACGAAGAUAGCUUUUCAAAUUCCCCAUGUCGAGAACUACGGACAGUGUGUCGAUGGUGAACCAGCAGAACAGUUUGUGCAGAAGUUCAGGUACACAACGGAUCUCACUCGGUUUCCUCGCGACGUGGAACCUUCUCAUCCGUACAAGAACGACUCGUUGUGGUACCUUACCCAGCCCCCUGUGGCAUACGUGAGUUUAUUCGAUGCCGUCCGACAUAGUGAUAUGCAGACGCUGCGGUUAGCGUUGGUGCGUGACACACCACCAGACGUACGUGAUCAGUACAACAAAACACCACUGAUGCAUGCCAGCGGAUACGGACGUAUCGAUGCUGCACGGAUACUCCACGAGUAUGGUGCUACUAUUGACUCUGAAGAUAAUUUCGGUUGGACAUCGUUACACCAUGCUUGUCACGCUGGACAUACGGAAAUGGUCUCCUUCCUACUGGCCAAUGGUGCCAACUUUAACAAGCAGUCCAAGAACGGUGGCACCCCACUGAUGAGAGCCGUGGAGUGUGGAAAGUCUGACAUUGUGCGUAUGCUCCUGGAGCUCAAGCCUGACCUGAAGUUGAAGAAUGCACAUGGCCUGGACAUUUUGCAAGUGGCAAAGUUGUGGGCAGACAACAUUAGCCUGCUCAUGGUGCAGGAGGCGUAUGGACCUGAGCCCGAGGACACUUCGGAGGACAAGGGAAAGAAAGGCAAGAAAGGCAAGGGAAAGAAGGACAAGAAGAAGGACAAAAAGAAAGACAAGAAGAAAGACAAGAAGGGCAAAGGCAAGGAGAAGGAUCGACCGGAGUCUGCGGAGGCUCCAAAGAAGCCAGCGUUUGUUGUACCACAACGUCCGCAAACAAUGCCCACACCGGCGAUGAUAGAGGCCGCCCGUCGGAGAAUGGCAAACAUUAGCCGUCAGAUCAACCCCUCCUCUAUACAUCCCACUAAACUCUACAUGCCCAGGUCGGCCUGGGAAGCCGCUGAGCCUUUGAGAACGCUGGAUACCGUGGACCACCGCAAGGACUUACGAGGUGUUGUGGGAGAGGAGAGAGUGGACUUUGGUGAGGAGCGGUCGCCAUUCCAAAUCAACCUUCUAGCACGCGUCAAGCUGGCGGAGCUGGAGGCGUGAUCUAGUAGUGUGCACGGGAUGAUCAGCCGUUCUACUUAGUCAUUUACACAUUGAACAAGUGCUGCAGCCACUGCUGCUGCUGCUGCAGCUGCUGAGGACUAUGGAGCGCGUAGAACAUUUUUUGUGCCAAACUUUAUAAAAAAUAUAAGCCCAGCUCACCCGGAUUCUACUAGUGGAUGAGCUGGGAGCAAUUGAGUUCCAAACACACUCACACACACACUCACACACACGCACCCACAUGUGCGCCCACACACACACACACACACACACACACACACACACACACACACACACACACACCUUCCUUCCUUGUACCACUGCCGUGUCCGGCUAUGUGACACGACACACACACACACACACACACAACACAUUCUCCUGCUGAAUACAAAUGCAGUUCCUAGCAGUCAAGCGACCUGUCCUAGAACGUACAUAGCGCGACACAUUGGUCUAUAGUGACCAUGGUUGUGAUGCAUCACAACACCUUCAGUUCAUCACCGAUGUAGGAAUUAGGAUGGUUUCUUGCGAUGGCGAAGUGCAGAAUCCAUACCUAAUAAUUACUGUGUAUUCCUAGUAUUUUGCCAUUCUUACAAAUACUGCGUCCUACCUAUAUUUAAGACUGGGCAUGGAUUCCGUAGUGGUCCUGUGAGGUCACAACGCCUGCUGAUGCCUCAAGAACGCCGCAAUUUUCCGCAUUUCAACCAUAUUGCUUUGACUUCACACACCCGUAUUUCAAUGAUAUUCGAUUUUUCGUAUCCACUCUGCUGUAUUUAUUUCAAGGAUUUCUAAAAAUUCUCUUUUAGAAGAGUAAUCUGAUUUCAGAAAUUUUA